AUGAACCAUUCGCCGUUUGUACCACAUAACGCCGCUGUUGGGCUACACCCGAUGGGACAUGUCCGACUGGUUGAUGACCAUGCGAUUCGCCAAGGAAAGUGCGACCACGACACCCAUCAUAAAGACCAGGAUUUCGGAGAUGCUGCCAAGGAAAAGCUUAACAAUGCCGGUCGUGCUAUCAAGCAUACCGCUGAAAAGAUUGGCGACAAGGCUGGAGAGCUGAAGGACAAGACCAAGCAAAAGAUCCAGGAAGGAGUCGACGCAGUUAAACACAACUGA